AUUUAAAUGAGCAUGCUUGAAGAUGAACCAGCUGCUGAUAGGUCCGCAGGGAUCAACCCAGCCCAAAAUAGAGAUAGGUCCCGCAGCAGAGAUUCCAGGAUUCAGCUUGGAAGAGAAGAGGAAAAGGACGCCUCUACUUAUGCCAAAGUUGAUCAUUUCUCGAAAAACAGACAAAGGAAUAAGCCUCCUAUUCCUAAAGAAGUCCUUGAAAUUGAAGAGCAAUUGUUCCAGCUUAGGGACAAAAAUGCCAGACUAGAAAAGGAGCUUGAACAAAAGAAUGAGAAUAAUGAUAACUACAAAGCUAAGAUUAAAGCCAUAGAGCUCUAUGCAAGCGAGAUUCAGAGAAAAUAUGACAAACUUGAGAACGAACACAACCAACAGAAGAUCGCCUUUGAAGAACUUAUUGGCCAAGACUGGGCUAAAAGAGUUAUUGUGUACAAGAAUCAGAUCAACCAGCUACGUAUGGAUCUCUCACACAAAGAAAAUCAGUUCCAAGAUCUUAAGAAAAGAGUAAAUCUGUUACUGAAUAAAGAUGACUCUGGAGCUUAUUUAAAGACUUUCUUUGAGAGACAGACCAAUGAUCUACUUUAUACCAAGAAGAUCAUUUCUGAGUAUGAAAAACGUGAAAAUGAGUGCACUAAAAGAUGGAAUGACCUCUUAAAUGAAAACAACGGCCUUAAAGUCCAACUUAACAGGCAAAGAGAGACCUACCAAAGCGUCAUGGCUGAGAACGAUAGAAGGUUAGCUGAAGCUAACGACAGAAUCGCUGAUUCUUAUGAUGACCAUGAGAAGAGAAAAGCAGCUGAGUUCCUCGCAACCCAGAUCGAGCUUCUUAAAGAGGAGAGGAGAGCUCUUCUUGAAGAUAUAGAUGUGCUCAAUUUGAAAAUUAAUGACCUCAUGCUUGAAAAUGACAAUUUAAAGCAUGCCCAUCAGCUAGUAGGCCUUCCGUACAGUGAUGAACAGGUUUAUGGCAGCGAAGAAGAGGAAAAGAUCAAAAGAAUGUUCAGAAGAAUUGAAGAACUUGAAGACCUAGUUGUCCAAGAGAAGCAGAAAUCAGGAGUCAACAGAAUCAUCGAUUUAGAAGCCCAAAUCUCUGUUUUAAACUACGAAAUUGAGCAAAAGAGUGCUUUGAACGAAUCCCUUCAGUCUAAACUAGUUGAACAAAGAAAGAAAGAGAUAUCAUGUUAUGAUGAAAGCGAGUCUUUGAAUUAUUUCUCAGCAUUAAUAAAAGAAAAAGACGAGAAAAUCAAAACUCUGACUAGAAAGCUAAAUGAGCAAAAUCUGAUAGCUCAAGAAAGGAAAAGAGAGAAUUAUGAGAAGCUAGUCCAGGAUAAGGAAAUCUCAUACAAAGAAAACGAGGAAAUCUCUCUUCAAAAAGGAAGACUUCUUGAGAUCAUGAAGGAAAAUCACUUCUCCAACAGCAACAAUGACGAUGAUAGGAAUAAGUGGAUUGUUGAAGAAGAAUCCAUGACUUAUGGCAAGCCAUAGAUAGAAGAGAAUAAGGGCAGGGACGACCCAUAAUUUACUCAA